UCUUCCUGCGGAUUUACCCUUUUUCUCAUGUGCGGAGAUGCACUCCUUUGGCUUGGCUUGGCAAAAUUUCUAAUACAUUUUUUAUUGGCUAUUCUUAGAUUUGCCAAAAGUCGUUCAAGCGGCCUCAGGAUCUGAAAAAGCACGAAAAGACGCAUACACAAGAACACCAAGCAACCUUGCGAAGCAGGCAAAACACUGCCCGCGCUACCCGUGCAAACCAUCAUCCCCUUACACCACCACAGAACCCAUACUCCAGUCGAUCUCCUUCUGUCGUUUCUGACGGCUCUUACAGCACCAGUGGGCCAUUGUCGCCUCCACAUAGCAUGACUUCAGACGGAGGUUAUUCCCCUUCGUCAGAUGCUCAGAGCACAUUCUCAAAGUUUGGUACAUUCGAUGUCGUUAGCGAUGACACUCCAUACAGCUCUGCUUAUUCAAACCGAGACUUUGGUGGUGAUGAUAUGAUGGAAGACUCCCAGAUCAACGUUAUGGGCGGUGGACAAUUUGGAGACAAUGCUUUGGACGAAUUAUUUACUGAUGUCUUACGGAAUCAAAAGUUGAGUCCUGAAUACGAUACAGAUAUGGCCGAUCGCCUCAACACACUCGCCACUUUUGUCGAUAAUGGCAACCUUAAUGCUCAGUUGGAGAGCCCCGAAGAAUUGGAUCAAAUGCAGCGCUGGUUACAGAAUCUUUCCAAUAAUAUCAACAUGAGCAACACUUAUAAUGGAGCUAUUAGCAAUGCUUCAUCUCCCAGCAACGGAGCUUCAUUGCAAUACCCCACCCCUUUCACUAUGGAUGAUAAGUCCACUUACAUGACCUCCGAAGCUGACAUGCAAGCGGUUUAUCCUCAGCCAAUGAUGGAUGAUGGUUCCUUCAUGUACCAAACGGCCAAUGCAUUAUACCCUGCCACCAACGAUAUGUAUGUCCGCUCCCAGAUGCCACCCCAGUACCCCAUGGCCAAUAUGCAACAGUAUGAACAAUCUCCCUAUGCUGUUAAUGGUAAUGUUGGUAAUCGACAGCAUUACAUGGCUGCUCCAUCCAUCUCGACCAACUAUUGGGGUGGUCCAACUUACCAGACCACACAAAACUUUACAUCCGCCAAUGGAGCGUCUCCCAAACCAUCGGAUGCCGUCGAUUUUGAGACCAAGAACAAACGUCCUUCAGUAGGUGCACCUAGUAGCCCAUCCGAGAAGUUGGUGGUAGAUGAUGACAUGCCACGAAUUAAGAAGGAAGAGAUGACAGAUCAUGAAAAUAAGAAGCAAAUGGUCAGUAUGCUGAAUGUGUUCAGCAGCCCUGAUAGCGUGGUUGAAUCCAGCAGCUGUCAAAAGCCAACGACCACCUUCGACAAGGUUGAUGAGAAGGCUGCAGUGCCAGAGGUCAAGAUUGAGAAGCCGGUAAAGGAGAAAAAGGAGAACGACAUUAUGACACUUCUUUCCAGCGAUAUUUCUGGCCUGUCAAUAAAGGAAACCGAUGCGAAAUCACCUUAUGCGGACCUGAGCGAAUCACUAUGCGAACAACCACCUGUGGCUACAACAACAGCCAGCCAAUCUAAGCCAGUCCUGGACCAACAAGCACGACAAAAGCAUUACGAAAUCGUCCAACGUCUUAGCGAAGCUUUGCAAGCUAUGUCUCAAGAUCAGCAAUAUGCAAACAAUGCUAAACGGGUUGCAGGAAUAUUAGAUAGUCCAGCAACCAGGAUUCUGAGAUCUAGAAUUCCAGCAACUGGUAAUAGCAUCAAUAACAGUGAUUAAAGGCUCAGAGUCGAUGGAGAGAAACCCCCGCUUGAUUUCUCUUUGAUCGGCCAAUGCUUGUAUUACAUCUGGUUUUUUUUUUUCU